ACUGGAGUUUCUAUUACAAGCGUCUUCCAAGAUUAUCAGUAGACCAUCUUCAUCCAGAAACACCUUUUGAUAGUCCAGUGAUGGCGGGUGGUUUGUUUGCUAUUAGUAAGAAGUGGUUUUGGGAAUUAGGAGGUUAUGAUCCUAUGCUUGAUAUUUGGGGUGGUGAGCAGUAUGAAUUGUCUUUCAAAAUUUGGAUGUGUGGUGGACGCAUAGUGGACGUUCCCUGUUCAAGAGUUGGACAUAUUUUUCGGGAGUAUCCAACAAAUUUCCCUAAACCAAGUGUAAAAAAUUUUUUACAAAGAAAUUUCAAACGUGUUGCAGAAGUAUGGAUGGACGAAUAUAAAGAAUAUAUAUACAGAAAUUUACCAGAAUGCAGAAAAGUAGACCCUGGUGAUUUAUUAGAGCAGCAUAAUCUCAGGAAACGGCUCCAGUGCAAGUCUUUUAGGUGGUUUAUGACAGAAGUUGCGUUUGAUUUAAUAAAAGCCUAUCCACCUCCUGAACAUGUACUGUUUGCCACUGGAGAAAUACGUUCAAUUGCCUUUCCUUAUCUCUGCAUUGAUGCCACAAGAGCUAACAAGCAAUUUCCCCUUAAACUGAGUUUUUGCAAUGCGGCUAGUCAAGAGUAUAAUUACACCCAGAAUUUCGAAUAUUCUUUGGAAGAAGAAAUUAAAGUUUUAAAACAGUCAUUAUGCUUAGAUGUACCAGAUGCCAAACCUAACAGACCAGUUCUACUUUACUCUUGUCAUGGUCGAAACGGAAACCAACACUGGAAUCUGCAGUCAGCUUAUAGAAACAAAGAAAAUCCUGUUAAUAUAAUACAUUCAACUUCUGGUUUGUGUUUAGACUUAAAUUUAAAAAGUCUAUCGGUUAUUGUAAGACGAUGUAACUCAGACUUACGUACACAAAGAUGGAAUUGGGGGAAUUUACGAUUUAAUAAAGCUUUGCUAAAUGUGUCGUAAAAAAUGGACAGUAAUUGUAUAUGAAAUUAAUCUUUU